GCCGGGUUCGAUUAUUUCCGCCAAGCUCUCAAGUCCCUCCAUUUUGUUGUAUGUUGUGUGUGCUGUUGGCAAGAGAAGUGCAAAAAAAACUGUGUCGUUUAUAAACGAUAUUCUAGCAAUGGACGGUAUGGGAGAUGUUGCAGUUGGUGUGAAGAGAGGAUCAGAUGAGCUGAUGUCAACCAGUGUCUACAACAGUGGAUCUGACAUGAGCAGUAUCAGUGAUGUUACAGCCAAUGGGAGCGACAGUAAAUCCAAUGGGAGCGACAGUAAAAAGCUGAGAGUGGAAGACCGGAUGGAGGCUCCUCCCUCUCGUGUGCUGCACAUCAGAAAACUGCCCAAUGAAACUUCAGAAUCGGAGGUCAUUGCCCUGGGGUUACCUUUCGGGAAGGUCACAAAUAUCCUGACGCUUAAGGGGAAAAACCAGGCUUUCUUGGAGCUGGGGACAGAGGAAGCAGCAAUAACCAUGAUCAACUACUACUCUACUGUAACACCGCAUGUUCGGAACGUCCCCGUAUUCAUCCAGUAUUCCAACCACAAAGCACUCAAAACAGAUAGUGGAAACCAGCGGGCCCAGGCGGUCCUGCAGGCGGUGUCAGCGGUCCAAGGAGGAGGUACUCCUACGUCAGGCUCCAUUGUAGAUCUAACCGCUGCAUCAAGCCCUGUGCUCAGAAUAAUCAUUGACAACAUGUUCUACCCAGUCACUCUGGAUGUGCUGCAGCAGAUCUUCUCAAAGUUUGGCACGGUCAUGAAGAUAAUCACAUUCACCAAGAACAAUCAGUUCCAGGCUCUGCUGCAGUUCAACGACCCACCGACCGCCCAGCAAGCCAAAAUAGCCCUGGAUGGUCAGAACAUCUACAACUCGUGCUGUACGCUCCGCAUCGACUACUCCAAGCUGGUCAACCUGAACGUCAAGUACAACAACGACAAGAGCCGUGACUACACACGGCCAGAGCUCCCUGCAGGGGACGGACAGCCUGCCAUGGACCCCAACAUGGCUGCUGCCUUCCAAGGCAAGGACUCCAACUCUCUGCUCGGUGGCCUGAGCCCGCUGAAUGCUGCAGCAGCGGCUGCUGCUGCUGCGGGGAGGGUAGCUCUGUCUGGUCACUCUGGCUCCAGCGGCGUGCUCCUGGCCUCCAACCUCAACGAAGAGAUGGUUACGCCCCAAAGUCUGUUUACUCUCUUCGGGGUGUAUGGUGAUGCCCAGAGGGUGAAGAUCCUCUACAAUAAGAAAGACAGUGCUCUGAUACAGAUGGCUGAUGCCAACCAAGCCCAGCUAGCUAUGAGUCACCUGAAUGGACAGAAGAUGCAUGGGAAAGCCAUCAGGGUGGCUCUGUCUAAGCACACCUCAGUGCAGCUGCCCAGGGAUGGACUGGAUGACCAGGGCCUCACCAAGGACUUCACUAACUCACCCCUGCACCGCUUCAAGAAGCCUGGCUCCAAGAACUUUCAGAAUAUUUUCCCUCCCACCACCACUCUUCACCUCUCCAACAUCCCAACGGACGUAACCGAGGAAGACCUCCGACUGCUGUUCUCCAACGCCGGGGGAACUGUGAACGCAUUCAAGUUCUUCCAGGAUCACAAAAUGGCAUUGCUCCAGAUGUCGACGGUGGAAGAGGCCAUCCAGGGUCUGAUUGACCUCCACAACUACAACAUGGGCGACAACCAUCACCUGAGAGUCUCCUUCUCCAAAUCCACCAUCUAAACUUGCAUAAUGAUCCUCCACAACAUCCAUCGCUUUCUAUUUUUCCCUAGCAGAUUUUGGCUGGCAUUUGUUAACCCUGUUGACUCGUUCCAGACUCUGGGGACCACAUUUUGACCUUAUUGUUUUUCUUUUCAUUGUUUCUUUCUAAGUGUUAUUAGUCAUUCCUUCAGAGAGAACCAGAAACUCAAAAUCGGGGAAAGAAAUUGUACUUAUGUUUUGAGGACAUUUUAACCCCUUCACCUGAUUCCGACCCCUGUGUUAGUCCCAUAUCCCCUGAUCCUGACCCCUGUGUUAAUCCCAUACCCCCUGAUUCUGACCCCUGUAUUAAUCCCAUAACCCCUGAUCCUGACCCCUGUGUUAAUCCCAUAACCCCUGAUCCUGACUCCUGUGUUAAUCCCAUAACCCCUGAUCCUGACUCCUGUGUUAAUCCCAUACCCCCUGAUCCUGACCCCUGUGUUAAUCCCAUAACCCCUGAUCCUGACCCCUGUGUUAAUCCCAUAACCCCUGAUCCUGACCCCUGUGUUAAUCCCAUACCCCCUGAUCCUGACCCCUGUGUUAACCCCAUAACCCCUGAUCCUGACCCCUGUGUUAAUCCCAUAACCCAUUUGUAUGAUCAGCAAACUAUUUGCCUUUUCUACCUUCUCAUUAUGAAGGGUGGAUGAGUGGACAUGGGCGCCUCUUUUGACUAUGAUUAGUUCUACAAGAUAUGUGCCUUACCAGACUAUCAACUCUUUUUACAUCCAAAUAUUGACAUUGAAUCCCUGUCUGAUUUUGAGGCACAUUAAUUUUGAUGUGAAAUUUAACAUGAUUUGUUUCUUCUUCUCCCGUGUCACUGUGGAGUUUGUAAGUUUCUGCCACCCAAGUUUUGCCUUUUUCAGUUGCUGUUCAAUUUGUGGAGUCUUCUUUCGUUAAAUUCACUGUGGUUGUUGUGGAGUGGGGAACAAUAUGAGAUUGAAGUUGAAUCAGUCUUUUAUUUUUUUUGUGUAAUUUCUUAGCUAAUUUAGACCAUGUUGCUUGAAGGUUUCUUGUAGACGAACAACCAACAAUACCGAUUUAACCCUAGUUAUUUUUCCCAUUUUUAGUUUAAACAUUUACUAAAAUAGUCUUAAUGUUGCUAUUCUUUAUAGGUUUUUACUUUCCUUUGUUUUUCAUCACAUUCAUGUACAUGGGUAGGAGGUAAGUGGUUUUCUAAGCUCUUUCUAGUUCUUGGAAUAAAACAUACAUUUGUAAUACUUUACUAAUUAGAACUGCACUUAACUGUCACAAUAUUGUCAUACACACGACAAAAGCAAAUAUCAUGACAAUAUUAUGACUGUUUUUGUGACAAAUAAAAUUUUACCAAAAAUCUGCUGUUGGAAGAGGUUAGUGAAAUAACCUGUUAUGACGUCAACGUGUUGCUGUUAAGAGGGACAACCCUGGUUGGGACCAAAGUUUGUGCCUUUUAGUCUUUAAUUUACAGUUGUAUCACAAAGGAAAUUAAUCAACAUUUGAAUGAACCUCUCUGAUAUAUUUUGUGUAUCUGGGAGGAGAAAAAAAAUCGUUAAUUUAAGGUACAGGACCUGAUUCAUUAUCAACGACAUUAAUUCCUUCUACAGUUAUUUUAAGCAGACCUAUAUAUAAUACCCACUCUUGUUUUAAGAAUCCCACAACCUCAACUUGCUGGAUAAACGUGUCUAGAAAUGUAUGUUUUCAAGAGGGGAAAAAGUCGUGUAUAUUUUCUAUUUUAUUUACAUUUUUACAUCUCUGGAAAUGUAAGAUUCAGAUAUAGUUUGGAAGCGGCACAAUUAAAAUAAUUUUCUAACAAAGUCGGGAGAUUUGGUCGGACUUGUUUCAAAUGUUUCUCUUCUCUCGUGUGUGUGUUCUGCUUUUCCUCUGUAGCAUGUUCAAUAAACUUCUGUAGCUCUGUAUCCA